AUGGCAUCCGACAAGGCGCCUGCUAAGCCAGCCUCUGACAAGCCUGCUGCAGCUAAGCCCGAGAAAGCACCCGAGAAGGCCCCGGCCGGAAAACAGCCACCGGCCGAUAAGGCAGGCGGCAAGGCCGAGAAGCCUGCUGAGAAAACCCCGCCCUCAAAACAAGAAAAACCGGCUGACAAAGCUCCAGCUGCCAAGCCUGAAGAGAAGGCACCCGCUAAAGCCGACAAGGCCGCUGAGAAACCAGCGAACAAAGGCGAAAAGGCAGCACCAGUUAAGAACCAGAAAGCAGAAGACAAACCACCCGCUGCCAAGCCCGACGCAAAACCAGCUGAAAAGCCAGCAUCGCCAAAAGCCGAGAAGGCCGAAAAGCCCCAAGCUAACAAACCGGACGAAAAGCCGUCUGCGGACGCGGCGGCCAAGACAGAUAAACCCGCCGAGAAAGCUGGCGGGGGCAAGCAGGACAAUAAGGCACCUGAGAAAGCCGCACCCGUUAAACCCGAAGAAGGAGCUAAAGCUGAUAAGGCUCCUGCUGGAAAAGACAAUAAGGCAACUCCAGCAAAGACAAAAGGAGCUCCGGCCAAGGCGGAAGAGAAGGCAGCUGAAAAGGUUGACGCCAACAAACAAAAAGUACCUGCAAAUCAAACAGAAAAGGGUACUGCAGAAAAGUCCGCUAAGAGUGCAGAGAAGAAACCCGACAAAGCUCCACCUAAGACCGAAAAACCAGCAGGGAACCAGGACAAAUCGGCAGAUAAGAAGGCAGAGAAAGGAGGCGGCAAAGCUGAUGUCAAAGGAGCAAAAAAGCAAGACGCCAAGCCUGAUUCAAAGGCAAACAAAGCAGGUGAAAACAAAGAGAACAAACCUGACAACAAAGUGGCAACAAAAGGUGACAACAAAGCUGUUUUGAAGGAAGGCGACAAUAAAACAGAAGGCCAAACUAAAGAAGAACAAGCAAGUGGUGCUGCAGAGGCUGAAAACGUACCAGCCGCUGAAGCUAAUGAAGCAGCAGCAGGUGAAGGAGACACGACCACCUCAAAGAAGAAGAAAAGAGGACGAAGGGGGAAAGGCAAGAAGGGAGGAGAUGCUGCACCAGCUGAAGGUGGGAAAUCUCAAUCUGGAGGUAAUGCGGGCUCGGGAGAUCAGCCUAAGCAAGGUCUAAGUGCUAGUGCUAAGAAGAGAAACAGGCGCAAGAAGAAGGCGGCGGCUGCAGCUGCCGCAGGGGCUGGAGGAUCUGCAGAGGGCGCUGCAAAAGAGGGGGCUCCUGCCGCCCCCACAGCCCCUCCUGCUCCACAGGGGAAGAGUGGAGAGGAAGGACCUCAAUCUCAGGAAAAAAAAAAACUUCAACCUCCCAACAUGAUUAAAAACCUUAAUUUUGGCAGCCAUUCCAGUGAAAAAAAACCACACCACACGCAAAAUAAAAUGUUGCAACCUGAUGGGAAAACUAUGUUUCAACAGCUCCCUUUUCCAGAAAUUCCACCAAGUAAACCAUCUGAUGCUUAUGUGGACCAAUUGACGAAGUGCUUACAGUUGCUUGUAAAGGCAAAAGAAGGACCUCGGCCAGAUACUGAUCCCCAUCAUAUGACUGACAGUGAUGAUGAACUUGAGUAUGACAUAGUGCAGAGAACAGUGUUUUUGUCACAUGCCUGUCACAUCUGCAAGGCAUUGUACAACAAGGAAAAUGGACCUCUCCGGACUUGUGAUCAGUGUAAAAUGAUAUCUUAUUGUUCCGAAGAGCAUAGGAAAGAACACUGGCCUGUGCACAAAGAUCUGUGUCAAGUUAUUAGCAGAAUAUGCCAAGUAGAGAGGGUCAGUCAUAUUUUUGAAAAGUCAAAAGGCUUGUCUCCAGAAGCAUUCCGCCAUGUACGCGUUCAUUACAUUGUCCAAGCUGUAGGAGAGUUAGGUCGUGACCUGGAACUCUGGGAGAAAGAAAUGUUUUAUUUCUGUAAAGUGUGUCACACUUGUUAUGAAAGUGAUCUGAGCAAACUGACUGCAUGCAAAAAAUGUUCCUAUGUGUAUUUUUGUCAACCUAAUCAUUUAAAAUCUGAUCAUAGUGAAUGGUGUAAAGAUUUCAAAUUAUAUGCGGACUUAAUUCGAUAUCAAAGUCACAAUGGGAUGAUACAGCCCACACUUCCAAGUAACAUUUCCAUAAAUUACACUCCAUUAGCUAAAAAUAUGCAUGAACACUUUUCAAGUCUCAUGGGUAGCAGUAUUUUAAGUAAAGCAUUAACUUAUUCCGUCCUAACAGACAUUGCAACAUGUCCAAUGACGAUACUAUUUGCUCUCCAGAAUAGUACCAUUCCAUUGGAUGUAAUCAACUCUCUCACAAUCCAUCUUGUAGGAGCAGAAGCACAUUUUGAGGUCGACACAAUGAAGAAAUGGGAAAUUUUCAUUAUGCAUUUUCUCCCACAACUAAAAUUUCUGAGAGUAGUGUUUGUGGGUCCUGAAUUGAAUGUGGACAUACUUCCGGAACAACUGCUUCGCAGUGGAAAGUGUUGUGCAAAGUGUUCUUCAACAGGACGAUCAGUAGUAUAUGAUUUUCAACCAGCAAUGUUUUAUCAUGAUUAUGUGCAUUCAAAAGAGUAUUGUAAACCAGAUUUGAUAUGUGCUUUUAAUGCUGGCUUGUACAGAAGCACUGGUUUUGACAAUUCAGAUACUUGGCCACCCAGUAUAAAUGCAAUGUUGGGACCUCCAUAUGUGCCUGUGGUUGUAACAGCAUACACAGCGGAAGAACUGCCGCUUGACGUGUCACGAAUGGAACAGUGCAGUCCUCUGAAAAUUAUCCUUCCUCCAUCUCGCAACCCAUUCUCUAGUUCCAAACCAAGUCUAAAUUUUGUCAGUGAUGAAAUAAUGCCAUUAAUUUACAAAAACUUUUACAUUUCCAUUGUACAAGGUGUUGACACAAAUCCAGUGAAAUGUUGA